GUUAUUUCGCUGCUGCACACAUUCAGAAAGUGCUGCUGGGAGAAAACUCUUCAAACCUGUCUGUGUUUCAGCCAUGAUGGCCAAGCUCCAGGGUUUCGAGUUCUGGAUGAAGACCCUGAAAGGAGCUCGCUUUGUCGUGGCCCCCAUGGUGGAUCAGAGCGAGCUGGCAUGGCGCCUUCUUAGCCGCCGUCACGGUGCUCAUCUCUGCUACACGCCCAUGCUGCACGCUCAGGUGUUCGUGCGAGACGCCAACUACAGGAGGGAGAACCUUUACAACGAGGUUUGUGAGGAGGACAGGCCGCUCAUCACGCAGUUUUGUGCCAAUGAUCCAGAGGUGUUCCUUCAGGCCGCUCUGCUGGCUCAGGAUUACUGCGACGCCAUCGACCUCAACCUGGGCUGUCCUCAGAUGAUCGCCAAGAGAGGGCAUUAUGGAGUUUUUCUACAGGAUGAAUGGGAGCUGUUGGAGAAAAUGAUCAGGCUAGCCAAUGAGAAGCUGUCAGUGCCCAUCACAUGUAAGAUCCGUGUUUUUAAGGAGGUCGAAAAGACGGUCUGUUACGCUCAGAUGCUGGAGAAAGCUGGAUGUCAGCUGCUGACGGUUCACGGCCGAACCAAAGACCAGAAGGGAGCCAUGACGGGAAUCGCCAGCUGGGAGCACAUCAAGGCUGUCAGGAGGGCGGUAAAUAUCCCCGUCUUUGCCAAUGGAAACAUUCAACACUUGAGUGACGUGGAGCGAUGCAUUCAGGAGACGGGCGUGCAGGGAGUCAUGAGUGCAGAGGGGAACCUCCAUAACCCCGCCCUGUUCGAAGGCCGCAGCCCCCCGGUGUGGGAGAUGGCCGAGGAGUAUCUGGAGGUGGUGAAGCAGCAUCCGCCGUGCACGCUGUCCUACGUCCGCGCUCACCUCUUCAAGCUCUGGCACCACACGCUGCAGAUCCAUCAGGACCUCAGGGAGGAGCUGGCUAAAGUGAAGAACCUGGAGGGUUUGGCUGACGUAAGCAAACAGCUGAGGCUGCGAUGUCAGGAGGAGAUGGCUAAAGGAAAAGAAGUAGAAGAGAAGGAGAGCAGUCUGCCGUUUCCUCACUGGAUCUGUCAGCCUUACGUCAGACCACCGCCAAAGGAGCCAGUCGCCAACGGCAACAGUCAGAGCUCAGAGGUGAAGAGGACUGUGUGCCAGAAGAGGGCGCUGGAGGACUCAGACGGAGCUGCAGACACGCUGUCUAAAAACAAACAGAAGAAGAGAUCCAGAAACCCCAACAAGAACUUCUGUCCUGAACACAAACCAAAGUACAUCAAAUGUGAGCAGUGUGGAAACCCCAAGGGGAACAAGUGUGUGUUUAGUCUGUGUCGAGGCUGCUGUAAGAAGAAGGCCUUCAAGGAGGUGGCCGACUGUCCCAGUCAUGGGCUGAGGUUCAAAACGAAGGCGGAGAAACAGAAAGCAGAAGAGGAGAAGAAGAAAGAGGAGGAGGAUGAGGAGAGGAAGGAGGGCAGAGACUCUCCUGUGAUUCUCUCUGAUCAGAGCUCAAACCUGCAGGAACAACAGAGCAGCAUGGAGCUAAAACUAUGAGCAGGACUGACGCUAUCUCUACACGCACAAACGUGAAUCUGAACGCAGCACUGACGGCUUAAAGACCAAAACGUGAGGGACUAGUUUCUCUAGAGACCGGACCUUUAAACGACGUGAUGGUGAAGGAGAGGAGUCCAGAUUUCAGACGUCUCAUACGUAUAAAUAAAACGUUUGAGCUCUCUUCUCUGAAUUUCUCAAAAUGAAACCAGAUCAGCUCUUGAAUCCAAAUCAAACUCCAGCGCUAACACGGUUUCAUGUAUUCUGCUGCUAAGGUAGCCGUUGUUUCUGAUGUAAAGAUGCAUUCAGGUGUCUGAAUGUUCCGGUAACGGCUGUUUGUGCGUGUGGAGGUAGCCGCCGAUCAGCCAGGACAAACUGCUGCUAAUAAACCUCGACAACACCAGUUUGGGAUUUAAAAACAUGGAAGGACGUUAAAUAUCAGACCAAAACCAUGAAAUAAUCAGAAAUAUUUGUUUUUAAUCUGGAUCCCUGGAUAAUCAGCUUUUUACUUUUCCACGCUGCACUUUCAAAGACGAGGAGAAGAUUCUCAGAUUUCUGACGUUUUAUUUCUUGAGUUUUAAAUCCAAAGUUUUUCUCUGAGCUGCCAAAGUGAAAACGCCAUGUUACUGCUUUUAUUUUUGUGUAGAGUCCUGGAUGGUUUAGCGUCUUUAUUUCGGGGUGAAGGUUUGUGUGAAAUGCUUUUGUGCCUUUUGAUAAAAAGUGCCACUGCCAAUCUGGAUGAGACCGUUUAUGCUCAUGGUGCUCCAUCCGCUCAGAGACGGGAUCCAAAAAUGUGCUUUAAGGUGCUAACUGGAGAAUUCUGCUCACAUUAUUACAGAAAAUAAAGAAACCACAGGAGAUUUUAGAGGAGAGAGUCUGAUAUGAAAAAGGUCAUCUCUGUAUGUUCAGCUCCAUCUACAUCAAUAAAAACAGAAGCUUCA